AUGAAGGACUGCGAAUACCAGCAGAUCAGCCCCGGGGCCGCCCCGCCGCCCGCCUCCCCAGGGGCGCGCCGCCCGGGCCCCGCCGCGCCCCCUGGUCCGGGCCCCGGGCCCCCGCUGCCCGCCGCUGCACCACGCUGGAGCGGCAGCGGCAGCGGCAGCGGCAGCGGGAGCAUCGGCCACCGCCCACGGCGCAAGUGGGAGGUGUUCCCGGGUCGCAACCGCUUCUACUGCGGCGGCCGCCUCAUGCUGGCCGGCCACGGCGGCGUCUUUGCGCUCACGCUGCUGCUCAUCCUCACCACCACCGUUCUCUUCUUCGUCUUCGACUGUCCCUUCCUGGCCCGCCAACUGACCCUUGCCAUCCCCAUCAUCGCUGCCAUCCUCUUCUUCUUCGUCAUGAGCUGCCUGCUACAGACGAGUUUCACCGACCCUGGGAUCCUGCCCCGGGCCACCAUCUGUGAAGCAGCUGCCCUGGAGAAACAGAUUGACAACACAGGCAGUUCCACGUACCGGCCACCCCCUCGGACCCGGGAGGUAAUGAUCAAUGGGCAGAUGGUGAAGUUGAAGUAUUGCUUCACAUGCAAGAUGUUUCGGCCACCCCGGACGUCACACUGCAGUGUCUGCGACAACUGUGUGGAACGGUUUGACCAUCACUGCCCCUGGGUGGGCAACUGUGUGGGGAAACGGAACUACCGCUUCUUCUAUGCAUUUAUUCUCUCCCUCUCGUUCCUGACGGCCUUCAUCUUCGCCUGUGUGGUCACCCACCUGACACUCCGCUCUCAGGGAAGCAACUUCCUCUCCACUCUGAAGGAGACACCAGCAAGUGUGCUGGAGUUGGUGAUCUGCUUCUUCUCCAUUUGGUCCAUCCUGGGCCUCUCAGGGUUUCACACUUACCUCGUCGCCUCCAACCUGACAACUAACGAAGAUAUCAAAGGCUCGUGGUCCAGUAAGAGGGGCGGUGAGGCCUCUGUCAAUCCCUACAGCCAUAAAAGUGUUAUCACCAACUGCUGUGCUGUGCUCUGCGGCCCCCUACCUCCCAGCCUGAUUGACCGGAGAGGAUUUGUGCAGUCUGACACCGUGUUGCCCUCGCCCAUCAGAAGCGACGAGCCAACCUACGGAGCCAAGGCUGAUGCCAGCAUGGUAGGAGGCUACCCCUGAACCCGGCUCAGUACUUGUCACCUGCUGGCCUGUUCACCUUCACCUGCCACCCUCCACACCUGCCGGGACCCUCCCCAUUCCAUCCAAGGGAAGUGGAGCCGCCAAAGACUCGAGUCUUUUCGUAUUUAUUUCCCACCCUGCGUGGCUGUCCCCACACUGUUCCAUGGCUGUACCCUCUGCUCCCUAAAGCUAGGUUCCCAUGGCCUUGGGCCUGAGAUUCCCCCCAAGCUGAUCAAGUGGCAGGGGUGACAGAAUAGAGAGGCCAGGGUCAGGUGCCUAGAGGACCACACCAAAUCUCUGUGCCAAGGCAAGCCCUGUGUGAGUGAGGGUGCAGAUUGAGUGUACCGCCUCCCAGUUAGGGAAGCUGCUGAGCCCUGCUGAGCCAGGGUCCUGAAGCGAAGUGGGACCUAUGAGCAGUUGGCCCUGGACAGCGGGCUAUGGGAGAGGAUGCUUCCAUGGGCUGCUUUGGUUUGCAAUGUCCUUUAUUCUUUUUGUGAUGAUCAUUGUUUUUACUUUGGUUUUUAUUUUUUGUAUGGAGUUGGCCAAUAGGAUAAAGCUGGGUUCUAGGUAGAGAAAGCAGAGUUGGGGAUUGGGGGAGGGCAGCCUGUCAGAGGAAGCCAAACCAGCCAGCCAGGCACCCAAGACCUCAGCUCCUGCAUGAUUCCCGGGCAGCACACUAGAAAGUGGGGGCCUUGCCCUUUCUCUGCCCAUGGAGAGUUCUCUAUGGGAUCCCAGCCUGGCCCCCCACCUCCCUCCCAAGUCAAGUCUGGGAUGGGUAGGUUAUACUCAUGCUGGCAAUACUUGAAACGGGUUUAUUAAUGCUGGGUAUUUUGCACAAUUUUAUAGACCUCUUUUCUACAUAGCAUUUUUUAAAUGUAAGAAUUUUUUAAAAGUCAGCCACAUUGCUGUCUGUGUAGUGCCAGGUUAAGGAUUAUCAGAAGGCAAAUUGAUUUUAAUAAGUUUAUUAUGAGACCUUCUGGCUGUGAGUGAGAGAGAGAGAGAGAGAGAGAGAGUGUGUGUGUGUGUGUGUGUGUGUGUGUGUACAUGUAUGUGCUUGCCCUGUACAAAUGUGGUUGGCUCCCACUUCCCCACGUCCCCUGGGCUGCCCUCCUCUCCACCAUCCCCCUCCAGUGUCAGCCAGCAACAGCAGGAGCAGCCUGAGCCAAGGGGACAGGGAAUGUGUGCAUUGGUUACAAGAGACUCCUGGGCUGCUGUGGCUCAGCCCCCAUCCUCCUACCUUUCCCUCCUCCAGGGACUUCAGACAGCCAGUGGCUGGGGAUUCAGCCACCCCCACCUCACCCCUACUACCUAGCCCCCAGUUCAGGCUUCCAACUGGGAUCUGCCUAGACAGGCUAAGGCUGGGUGUGGUGGAUGGGGUGAUGGCUGUGAGGAGUGGCUGCCAUCCUACAAGCCACACCUCCUCCUCCAAGCCCCAAGUGUGGGACCUGGUGCCAAGGGCUAGAGGAUAGGGAGUCUCUGCCAACUGGAGGCCUCUAUCCAGAGAAAAGGAAGAAAGGAGCAGGGUGGGCCAAAGCCAGUGAAGAAUGGCCUAAAUCUAAGCCAGAAACUCAGAGGGUGUCUCUCCUCUGCUGGGAGCUGUAGUUUCUUGUCAGCAUAGGAAAUUGUCCCUCUAUCCCCCUCCUUGGCCCUUUAAGGGGGCUGAAGUCCUUGAAAAGUGACACAGGAAGUCUCCACCUUGCCCUUUCUUGCUCCAGAGGCUAGUAGGUCACAGGCAGCUGAGAAGUGGCAGCCACAGAGGGUCUCCUCUGGGAGAAACUGCUUCUCUCCGGCCUUGGUGCCCUGGGCCAUGCUGCAGUGGCACUAGGAGGUGGGUAGGAUGCUGGCUAGAGGAGGUUGACUCCCAUCUGCCUUUUAUUUAAGCCAAUAUUCUUUGUU